AUCAUUUUGACAUUCUCUCCACCCAAAGAGAACUGGAUGGAGGUGUAAACUUGAAGCCAGCCAGACAGGACGGGGAGAGAGCACAACUCAUUCCAACACAGUUCUCAAGGAGAGCUUGAGAGUUUGGUGGCUCAUUCAUGAUCAAAACCCCAAACUAGCUUCGGAAGACAAUCCUAAAAAGCGAAUGACAGACGGAGACCAUUUGGGAAUAAGAUCUCUUUGGGGCAGAACUUGGUAGCUCUCUGGAUUCUUUCUUCGGAAUGGUACGGCUGGCAUCAAAUCUGUUUAUCGGAACGUGUUCACUGGCACCUGAAGCCCUUUGAAGGAAUUCACGACUGGAAACCGGGAAGGCUUUUUUCACCUGCCAACAGAUGGAGCAGAUGUCAUGUGAACCUGUGCAACGAAUGCUCCUUCGCAAAGAGUACAAAGUGACCACGGAAAGUUAACAUUUGGGGACGUGAAAUUUCAUGGGAGUUUGCUUGUCCACCUUACUCUCCAACUUCAAGAAAAGGGACCAUGCAGAACAGGCUGUCACUGUUCUGCUGUCUGUCUUUGCUGGUUUUAUUUCAGGUGUAUGGAAACCAUACGUGGCUGCACAAACAUCCAGGAUUCGAGGUCCUGGCCCAAGCGUCACACUACUGGCCUCUGGGGACUGUGGAAGGAAUCCAUGAGCUGCGUGACACAAAUGGAGCUCUAAGGCUCCACAACUUCACUGUGCUUCCUCCCCAUAAUUCCACUUUUAUAUAUACCAAUGAUUCUGCCUACUCUAACUUCUCUGCAACUGUAGAUAUUGUAGAAGGAAUCGUGAACAAGGGCAUAUGUGUCCCGGAUGAGAAGGGAGUGACAUUCCUUCUUUUUGGGAGCUACCAAAACUCAUGCAUUAUUAAUCCAGAAUAUUGUGAACCUGAAGGUGUCACGUUCUCUUUUUUUUGGAAAACUCAGGAGCAACAGACUAAGCCUCUCCCAGCACAUGGGGAUCAGGUCCUUUCCAGUGGGUUUAAAGUAUACUUUAGUGAAAGCAAAGGCUCUGUGGAACUGUUUAACCGUCAGAUUUCGAAGAAGUGGGAAGCAAAUUUUAUCCCACCAGGCCCCCAGUGGACUCAUGUCCUGUUCACCUGGAAGUCCGGAGAUGGGUUGAAAGUCUACGUCAAUGGAACAUUAAACACCACUGAUCCAAAUGGGACAGAUUUCUAUAGCUACCAGGAUUCCCAUUCAAACAUGCUGACAGGAUCAGAGCAGACCAAGCGUUAUGUGAACGGGGCUUUUGAUGAAUUUAUUAUCUGGGAAAGGGUGCUCACGCCCAACGAGAUUGAGCAGUACUUCACGGCCGCUGUCGGUGACCAGCCUUUGUUUCCUUCGACGGCUCCAUGGGACCAACAAGCAAUGGCAACUGUUCCAAUGCUCUCCACCAGCCCCUACCAGCCCAUCAUCAUUAACCUGACAGAAGAGAGAGGAAACUUCGGCUCCCCCAACGCCAUGUUGGACUAUCUGGAAAACAUCUCCCAGGCCUUGCCCAACGAAUCUCUCACAGCAAGCACUGCUUUCAACCUCACGGAGGCAUUCUUUAAAACCUUGGAAGGUGUUCUUUCCCUAUCCAGCUGGGCUAACUCAACGCAGAAAGUGGACAUCACAGGAGAUUUAGUUGAAAUGAUUGACACCAUGAUGCUGCACGUGGCCCGCAAUCUGAAAGGAGGCCCGUCGGCAAUCACUGUCCAAGGGACCUCAUCAGUGGCAGAUUACUCUGUGGCCAAGGUGCCUCCUCAGCAGAUGAAUGUGCCUCACUACCGCUUCCCAAUGCAAGGACAGAGUUAUAUUUCCAUCCCUGGAGAAGCCUUCCAGUUCAAAGCCUGGAUUACCAUCGUGGGACUUCUUUACCAUACCAUGCACCAGUAUUUCAUUAGUAUCAAACCGAUGGAAACCAAGAUUCCUGAAGCUGCCGCCUUCCAGGACUGCAUGAUUUCGGUGACAAGCUACCUGAUCUCCCUAAAAGUGGACCCUCCUCCGAUUUUGUCCCACAAUCUGUCGGGUUCUCCUCUCAUUACCAUCCACUUGAGACACAAACUGUCUCCUUUACAGCGGAUACAAGUUGUGAACCAAAGCAACGAUGUGAAGCUUUACUGUGCCUUUCUGGAUUACAGCAACAGCAAGGCUGGCGUUUGGUCGACCGAAGGCUGUGUGCGUGCCGGUGGGGAUCUCAACUACUCCGUCUGCUUGUGCAACCAUCUCACCAACUUUGCGAUUCUCAUGCAAGUCGUACCACUGAAGGUAACAAAAGGACACCAGGUGGCGCUGUCCUCCAUCAGUUACAUCGGCUGCUCCCUGUCCAUCUUCUGUUUGACUAUCACACUGGUCACGUUUGCUAUUCUGUCCUCGGUCAGCACCAUCCGUAACCAGCGCUACCAUAUCCACGCCAACCUGUCAUUUGCCAUCUUGGUGGCUCAGAUCCUGCUGAUCAUAAGCUUCCAAUUCAAUCCUGGAACGGUUCCCUGCAAGACCCUGGCCAUCCUCCUCCAUUUCUUCUUCCUGAGUGCUUUUGCUUGGAUGCUGGUGGAAGGCUUCCAUCUCUACAGCAUGGUGAUCAAAGUGUUCGGAUCCGAAGAGAGCAAGCACUUCUACUACUAUGGAAUCGGGUGGGGUUGCCCGCUGCUGAUCUGUGUCAUCUCGGUAACUUCAUCUGUGAGAAGCUAUGGAGAGCACAAAAAUUGCUGGCUUUCUUUGGAGAACGGGGCCAUCUGGGCUUUCGUGGCCCCAGCCGUGUUCGUCAUUGUGGUCAAUAUCUGCAUUCUCAUUGCAGUCACCAGAGUCAUAUCGAGAAUAAGUGCAGAGAACUACAAGGUUCACGGGGAUGCCAAUGCAUUCAGGUUGACAGCCAAAGCAGUUGCUGUCCUGCUUCCCAUCUUGGGAAGCUCUUGGAUUUUUGGGGUCCUGGCCAUCAACGACAAAGCGCUGGUGUUCCAGUACAUGUUCGCAAUAUUCAACUCCUUGCAGGGGUUCUUCAUCUUCCUGUUUCACUGCCUUCUGAACUCAGAGGUGAGAGCUGCCUUCAAACAUAAGACCAAAGUGUGGUCCCUGACCAGCAGUUCAGUCCGUAACAUCAAUGUGAAACCAUUCACCUCCGAUAUUAUUACUGGGAACAGGCCCGGAACAACUCCCACUAAACUCAAUACAUGGGACAAGAGCACCAAUUCAGCAAACAAGAUUGAUCUUUCAGCAGUCUGACAUCAAACCCCCUUCGUCCCUCCCCACCAAUCACCAAGCCAUACCCUCAGGACCUUCGACAUGGCACUCGCCUGUCCAGUCUUUUCUCAGAGUCUGUGCCAGUGGGACCCACUCCUGUUUUCACCACCUCCCAAAUUGAAACAAAAACAAACGCCAUGGUGCAUUGGACUGAGUCAAUCCUUCCAGUUUCUGUUAAUGUCAUUACCUGCCACUUGGGCCAUUAGGACUAGCUAUGGAAUAACGAGCAAUAAUAUACACUGGAUGGUCUCGUAAAAAUGGCAGACGCACCGAGUGUGGGGAAACAGAUAAUGCUGCCUCGGUAAUGGGACUAGGAAAGGUUCGAUACGCCUCAGGAAAGAUGAUCAUGAUGUACUGGCUGCUUUGGAAAGCAAAGGUGUCCAGUGGCAUCAUUAAAGUUGGGCCAUUCCUGUCUAGCUCUUACAUCCUCCAUCUACAUUAAAUAACUUAAGCAGUCCAAUUAUCUGGAUGAAACUUGGCCAGGAAGCAUCCAGCAAAAACCCAUCUGUACACUGUGUGUGAUCCAAUGCUGGAAGGAAAAUCGAAUCAGAAUCAAGCCAUGUUUUCCCACCACAGGUUGGCCUGAGGACGAAUCAAUUGGGCAGCCAUUCGGUGUCUGUGUGUGUACACCCCACACAUCUGUGUGGUUAUAACCAAAGGUCGUUGUGAUUGGUGGCCCCCUGCAACAUUAUUCCACUGGAGGGGACCCUUUGGCAAAAGCGAAACGCCUGCAAUCUUUCAGAUGAGAAUCGACGACUGUCUGUCAAGUGGAUGCUGCAGAUGGAAUUGACCUGUAGACUUCUGGAAAUCAUAAUGGGGUCGGCACUGUGACUUAUCUAUCUGCUUUGCCGGGCAGAGUAGGAUGCGGAAUGCUAAAUGAGAGUAUACCAAAAAAAAAAAAAAAGUAAAAAUAAACUUAACACACCUCCACAUGAGUAAACAACAACACAGCCGGCGGGGGGGAAAUACUGUGAAGUAGGCAGCUAGGCUGCAGCUGGGUUUGUGUUAUUAUGCACAGAUGUCAUUUUUAAUUUUAUUUCUUUUGCUGAUCUAUUUCUUCUCCUCAACAGUGCAGUGAUGAGGCCUCUUUUUUAAAAGGGAAAGCAACACCUUUUUUAACUCUGCACAUGCUUCUCCUCUCUAGGAGCGUUGCGACCACAGUUUCCUUUCUGUUGCCAGACAAUUGCCUAGCUGCUGUUUGAAAUUAUUGUUACAACCGUAAGGCCUAGGAAGCUACUUAAAAAAAAAAAAACCCAACAACAACCUACAAUGAAAGUAGAGGGACUCCGAAUGCUGUGUUUUGUGCCCAUAAGAACUGCAGAAUCGUGUAGAAGGAUGCAGGUUCAAUUCCAGGCAGCAUCUCCAGGUAGGUCAGGGAGAGACUCCUGUCUGUAACCUUGCUGUCAGUCAGUGUAGACAAUAAUGCGCUAGAUGGGGAAAUGGUCUGACUUGUUAUAAGGCAACAUCCUCUGUUCCUGUUCUACUCUAAGUUGGCUAUGUUUCCACUUUCCUGCCCGUACACCUGUAGUAACCUGUAACAUACCGUUGGUCAUAAUCAAAGGCACUUGAUAGGUUCACAUCUGGACUAAAUUACUCCUGCUACAUAAGAAAAGCCCUCCUGGAUUAGGCCAGGGCCCAACCAGUCUAGUUUCCUGCCUCAUGCAGUGGCCAGCCAUGUACAAGUGGGAAGCCUGCAAGCAGGAAAAAGAGGACAACCCCACCCCCCUUUGGUGUUGCUCUAGCAUUAAGGGUUAAAUUUUUAGAAAGCAUGCCUGGUGUAAUACAUGUUAUGAAUGCAGGUGCCAAAAAUACAUCAGCAAAGUCAAUGAAUCAUGAAACUUUAUUUCUUUUCUACUUCUCAACGUGUCAUAGAUUUAUUACAGGAGGUCUGACCUUUAUUAACUUGGUGUACAGAGAACCACUGUAGAUACGGAGUUGUUUUUUCCCCUCCGAAUAAUGUCAGGGGCAUUUAUAUGCAGGUGUGUGAAAUGUAGCCCCAGUCAAGAGGGAACCUGUCGAGAGGGAUCCAAUGCAAUGUGUUGCAUUGUUGGGGGAGCCAGUAUUUAUUCUGUUGUUUUGUUUUUCAGAAUGUCUGCCCUGGUAGACAGCCUCAAAGCAGCUUCCAGACUCAAUAAAACACCGUACACAGCAAUCCAUUACAAUGACAACACUUUAACGAUGCCGGAGCCCUCUAGAAUAUCAAGUCCCUGAUAAUCAGCCCCAGCUUGCCCCUUGCUCAGCUAACAGCUUUCCAGAAAAGGAAGGUUUUAACGCAUAUGUCUAAAAGCUCAGAAAAAGCGGGUCUGAUAUGCUUCCCUAGGGAGGGAGUUGUGGAAGAUGGGGGCUACUACCAAGAAGUCCCUCAACCUGAGGCUGACCCAUGGAACCUUAGACCACUCAAGCACCCAAAACGGCCUUAUGCACGAUGGCACCACCUAAGUACUGCAUUUAGAACCAGCGCACAACAGGUUGAUCCUGGUGCAGUGCAGGUGCGACAUUCACAAUCUCCUAACCCUUCUUAGGAGACGGGGAGUGCCUCACAAGCAAAUUCCUUGUUCCUCUUCCUUCCCACAUAUAUGCAAAUCCCUCCCUCCCCUCUUCGGAGUGAACCUCAAUGCACUAUUACAUCUGUGCUGAUAUAGCUGCUCAUCAGAACUGGUUUGCAAAAUCUCGGUUUCAACCAUGGUGAGUCUGCAACUCUGAUUGGAGCUUGCCCGAGGCCGCAUUCGCACGUAAUGCAGAACCGCAGUUGAACAGGCCUGUGAUUCCACGGACAUUACGCCCUAAUGCGGGGAAGCACAGUUGGGCGUAGUGACAAAACCGAGGGUUCAGGAUUGGAAUUCCAGACUGAACCCUCGGGAUGUAGUGAGUUUCAUCAUCACAACCCGCAGUUCCAGGCAGCCUGCGGUGUGUCCGAAUUCGGAACCACAGGCUGCUGGCCCUGGAAAAGAUGAUUGUCUGUGUGUGCUGUCCUUCAGGAAAGAAGGAAACCCACACAGUCAGCUUCCCCACCUCCCUGCAGUCUCACUGGCUGCAAAGAGGCAGCUCUUCCAAACAUCCGAAUUUGGAUAUGAGAGUGGAUUGGGCAGGGCACGGAACCACGGGUCCGUUGGACCCAUGGUUCUGCAUUACAUGUGAAUGUGGCCACCACCACUCCAAGGCUAUUGCCACAGAGAUAGGCAUCCGAAAUGGUUCCUUGGCAAUUGCCCAGCCAUGCCUACCUACCUGGCAUCAGCGCUGAGGAGAGCACAAGCCUACAUGGGAGGAGAGUUGGCCUUGUGAUAGCAAGCAUGAAUUGUCCCCUUUGCUAAGCAGGGUCUGCCCUGGUUUGCAUUUGUAUGGGAUAGUACAUAUGAACACUAUAAGACAGUCCCCGCAGGGGAUGGGGCUGCUCUGGGAAGAGCACCUCUCUGCUUGCAUGCAGAAGUUUCUGAGUUCCCUCCCUGGCAUCUCCAAUGCAGGGCUGAGAGAGAUUCCUGCCUGCAACCUUGGAGAAGCUGCUGCCUGUCUGUGCAGAUAAUACUGAGCUAGAUGGACCAAUGGUUUGACUUGGUAAGAGUCAGUUUCCUACGUUCCUAUGGCUGCCCAGGGUUGCCAGCACUGGAUUAAAAAAAUCGGCACUGUCACGUUUGCAGUCAACUACCCUCUUUCACCAUUUUUCUUAGGCAACCAAGUAAAGUAAUCCAAGUUCCGUGUUUCAAGCCCAGGGAAGGUCACAAGGUGGACUAAGAACUACUGGCAGAUCUCUCACUGAUUUGCAGUAGGUCACCAAGGGUUUAUUUCUCCCGACAAGUUUGACCACAGCAGCAGCAGCAACAAAGAUAAGACCCCCUUAUAUUCCGCUGGGAGUGGAUUUUUGAGAGGAAGGACCGUGAGCUCAAUUCUGAUACCAAAAACAAACUCCUGAGUUGAGAACAUGCCCAGAGGCACCUUGGACCUUAAUUCUAAGUAGAUGCCUGCCUUCCUGAGCCACUGUUUGGCACCUGGCUCUGAUUUGUGAUCCUCAGAGUUCGAAUAAAAAACAAAGCAAAUCUCAGAACUCUACUCAGCCCUGCCUUCCCCAUACAUUUUUAACAAGGCCUCUAACAAACUUGUAUCUCUUCGAUGUGAGUUGGUGUUAGCCGUUAGAGAACACUGCAUUGCGAAUUAUGCUCUUUGAGGACUGGUGUCUGCUUUUUUAAAGUCUUUUCUUUCUUUGCGUUUCAGCUUCUGUUAUACAGGGUAUUGUGUGGGUGUAUGUGUGUUUAAUGUAAAGCAUAAAUGUUGCUUAUUUUCACCGGA